CACUCUCGCACAGCCUUCACAGUGGUCCGUGCCGCUCAGUUUACCUGUGAAGAAGGCUACGCCCGCGCGCCUGCGCACAAUAGCGUAUGUAUUACUGUGAAUGUAGUGCGUGUAUUUUAAUUGUUUAUGAUAAUAAAAAUAAUGGCUACUAUAGUGAAUUCAACGCAAAGUGUCUUAAAAGAUACCUACGAUUAUUAUUUAUGGACGCUUUCAUUGUCUGAUAAAAGAACAGAAGGGUGGCCGCUAGUCGAUUCUCCAGCUCCAACCUUUAUAUAUACCCUUCUCUAUCUUUUUAUUGUUUGGAUCGGUCCCAAACUUAUGAAAAACAGACAACCAUUCAAAUUGAUAUGGCUACUGGUACCCUACAACCUGGCAAUGGCUGCCUUGAAUGCCUACAUUGCGGUACGACUACUAACAGCCUCGUUCAGAUUGAGAUACAGCUAUAUAUGUGAGCCUUGUCGACAGAAAUACGACCCUGAUGAACUACAAAUUGCCGAUGCAGUGUGGUGGUACUACUUCUCGAAACUACUCGAAUUCUGUGACACUUUCUUCUUUAUAUUGAGGAAGAAGGACGAACAGCUAACGUUUCUGCACGUGUACCAUCAUUCGACAAUGUUUUCGUUUUGGUGGAUCGGCAUCAAAUGGGUACCGAGUGGAUCCACAUUUCUCCCAGCGAUGGUGAACAGCGGUAUUCACGUGUUGAUGUACACAUACUACGGACUGUCGGUGUUUGGUCCAAAUGUCAGCCAGUAUUUAUGGUGGAAGAAGUAUCUCACCAUUUUGCAACUCAUCCAGUUCACCUGCGCACUAGUCCUCGGCGUCAACGGCAUCAGAACCGGUUGCGAAUUUCCACUCUGGAUGCAUUACGUACUCAUCAUCUACAUGAUCUCUUUCAUCGUUCUCUUUGGGAAUUUCUAUAUGAAGGCAUACAUUGCAAAGGGUUCAAAAUGCAUGGAAGUCCGGUAUGGGCAGUGUUUGGACGAUGAAGAAACGAUCGAGAAAAGAAAGUUAAAGGAUAAUUGAAACGCCAAUAGUUAAUUUAAGUAAUUUAUUUUUAAUAAAUAGCCUAGUUUAAUAAGCUCUCUGUACAAGCAUCUAAAAAUAAAUGUUGAAUUUAA